AGCGGGUGGAGGGAGUGCAAGCAUGUGUCCCCAUGUCCUCUCCACACCUCCUGCGUCACAGAAGAAAUUAUAGACACUGGAGUAACGUUGAAGCACAACAGAACGUGCCUAGGUCAAUAUUGUGGAUUUUUUUUUUUUUUAUCUUUUGUGUGCCCAUGUUAAAAAGGACCAAUUCAUUUCACAGACUUCUGGAAUAAUAUUUUUUGGAGAAGAAGAAGUGAAGACUUGUAUCUCGUGCACUCCGCGUCAUGCCGGCUGGGUUUCAGCAGUUAGGAGGGGAGAGAAUAACUGGAACCCUCGCACUGUCAGUUUUCACAGCUGUGCUCGGUUCCCUUCAAUUUGGGUACAACAUCGGAGUCAUCAAUGCUCCUCAGAAGAUCAUUGAGCAGGACUAUAACUCAACAUGGAUGGAAAGGUACUCGGAACCAAUUCCUCCACCAACACUGACGUCUCUUUGGUCACUCUCUGUGGCCAUUUUCUCCAUUGGCGGCAUGCUGUCCUCCUUGUCUGUGGGAAUUAUCUCAGAGUUCUUUGGCAGGAGGAAAGCAAUGCUUAUCAACAAUGUCCUCGCAUUUAUUGGUGGAGGCCUGAUGGGGAUGUCCAAAAUCAGCCGAUCAUUUGAAAUGAUGAUUUUAGGACGCUUUAUCAUUGGGGCAUAUUGUGGCUUAGCAUCAGGAUUGGUCCCCAUGUAUGUGGGUGAGAUUGCCCCUACCAGUCUGAGAGGAGCUCUGGGCACACUGCACCAGCUGGCCAUCGUCACUGGCAUUCUUAUAGCCCAGGUCUUAGGACUUGAAUCCCUGUUGGGCAGUGAGAAGCUGUGGCCAGUGCUGGUGGGUGUUACAGUACUUCCUACAGUCCUACAGAUGACGCUAUUGCCUUUCUGUCCAGAGAGUCCACGCUUCCUCUAUAUCAUCCGAUGCCAAGAGCACCAUGCAAAGAGUGCUUUACGGCGUCUGACCGGGCGUCUAGAGGUCAGUGAUGGCCUGGCUGAAAUGAAGGAAGAGAAGAGGAGGAUGGACAUGGAGAGGAAAGUGUCCAUUGCUGAGCUCUUCCGCUCUCCUCUGUACAGGCAGCCCAUCAUCAUCUCCAUCAUGCUGCAACUCUCCCAGCAGCUGUCAGGAGUUAAUGCUAUCUUCUAUUAUUCUACUGAUAUCUUCAAGAGGGCUGGAGUGGAGAGUCCAGUGUACGCCACCAUAGGGGCUGGAGCUGUCAACUGUGUUUUCACUGUGGUCUCGCUCUUCCUUGUGGAAAGAAUGGGCCGCCGGACACUGCACAUGCUAGGACUUGCUGGAAUGUGUAUCUGUGCCAUCAUCAUGACAAUUGCCCUCGCAUUACUGGAGAGAGUGCCAUCGAUGAGCUACAUAAGCAUGAUGGCCAUUUUUGGUUUUGUGGCUUUCUUUGAGGUUGGGCCAGGUCCUAUCCCUUGGUUCUUCGUGGCUGAGCUCUUCUCACAGGGACCCAGACCAGCAGCCAUGGCAGUAGCUGGCUGCUCCAAUUGGACCGCCAACUUCAUCAUCGGCAUGGGGUUCCAGUAUGUUGCUAACCUGUGUGGUCCAUACGUUUUCCUCAUCUUUGCUGUGCUGCUCCUUUUCUUUCUACUCUUCACGUUCUUCCGGGUUCCUGAGACUCGAGGAAAGACUUUUGACCAGAUAUCAGCAACCUUCCAGUGUCAUCCACAAAACAUGAUGGACAUGGAUCAAGGAAAGCACAGUACAGAACUGGACUACCUAGGAAAUGAUGAUAUAGAUAACUGA